AUGAACUGGAUUCCCUAUGCGGUCGGGAAUAUCGCGACUGUUCGCGAUCUCAAAUUCGUAGAUCUAGGGCCACAGGGUGGUCUGGCGGGAACGAUUUUUCUGGACAUUGGCGGGCCAACGAGGGAACUUGACGGAUCGAUCCUGACGUUUCUGAACGAGGAAGAAGGACUAGCAUGUACAGCCUGCGGAACUAGACGCGACGAGUUUCCCAGCAGGGCUUGUGGUGUUCGAGUCAGAGAAACUGACAAAGAACUUCGAGUUGGCUGUUAUCCAAUUCCGCAACUGUGUUUGGACGACUACCAUUUGCGCCAUACGAAUGGAUUUGGAUUCGGUGGUCGUUCCAAUGAAUUCGGACCACCUGUUGAUUCCCACACGCCGGCACUUGUGGGUGACGGCGAACGCGGCAGCGAUGUGUCGACCGAGAACGAGUCUAUCGAGGAGGAACAACACGACUUUACACGAGAAACGUCGAAAGUGCAUGGGUUCGAACAUCCCAGUGGAAAUAAAACUGAGAAUGGCCCUAUAACGGCAAGCUGGCUUGGACAUGGUAGCACCACAAGUAAUCUUUUUAGAAGUAUGAAAUUUAGCUCUGACAAUUUCACGAUGCUCUCAGUUCCUAUUGAAGACUCGCAUCCGAAAGGUUUUGAAAGUGAUCUUCAAGAUAUAACGGCUACAGGAACCGUGGACACAGUGGAGUCUCGAGAACAAGUAAAAAUGACGCUUCCAACAAGCGCCAAAACAUUCUCUCCACUGUUGUCGAACACUCAGGAAACGUCGAAUAGCACUAUAAUACCAAAUGUGAGAUUAGUACCGAAUGCACCUCAACAUUCUCAAGGCGAACGAGAAGUCAUAUCGGACCUGGACGAUCAAAUCAAGGAAAGCAAGGAAAUUUUGAUUGAAAAGCGACGAGAUCAUCAUUUCUUCGGGACUACCACAACCACGUCGACGAUCCCCCCAACGACAACACCGAGAAAGUGUAUCGAUAAACACAAGUGCGCGUGGCGGACAAGUGUGAAUCCACUGGAAUCAACUGCACCUUACCAACGACGACCACCCGUCCAACGACAACGACCAUCGCAAGAUUUACAAGCGCUUUCCCGCCCCGGAUGGGUGCAGCAUCACAGGCCCCCACCACAAAGCCCACCCCACCAACGGACCAGGAACAAGAAGCAGGUAGCUACAACCGUAGCGGCUUCCACCAGCAUUCGCAAAAAUCCGCACUCAGACUGGAUUAUUGGCGGUCCAGUUCGCGAAUAUGAUAUCUGUCUAGGAGCUGGUGUUAUCUGGUGCCCAAAAGAGGAUACUCCUCGCAAGCAUCCCAUCAUUAGUGCAACGAUCACAUGUUCGCAGAGCUCAAUUAGAAGUCCGCCUGCUUCUCAAAACCUUUCUCAUCAGUCAUUGCCAUCUCCCUAUAACAUGCCAACUUCUAAUCAGGCAACUUCUUCUAGCCGUCCUCAGGAAAACCCUUCCAUGGAGGGUGAUCCUGUGACUACACCCAUUUGUGGCCUGACCUACGGGCAGCUCACACCUAAACCGAUCAAAUGUUUUUCUGGAUCUGACGAUCAGGAUUUUGAGAGUUGGUUGAGAAAAUUUGAAGACCUGGUUCACAUGGUCACUCCCCCAUUACCAGACCAACUCCGUAUUAACACUUUGGUCGUUUUCUGGAGGAAGGGACCGGGGAUAUCAUCGAUGACCUGUCGGACAUCGAUGAAAAUUCGUUAUGCGAAAAGUGGUUGA